GAGUGUUACGCUGUGGACGCCUGCCAUUGUCUUUAUUUCCCUAUUUACACACCCAUGUUGCCCUAACGCUGACGGAGACGGUUUCCUCCAUACAAGGCAAUGAGAAAAGAGUUUGGUGAGUGCGUGGUCUGUGCCCUUCAUGACAGCUCGUCUGUCCUCUGGGCCUGACUCCUGCAGCCGAAAAAAAUCUCGGGAGGUGUUGAUACUUGCGAACUAACUGUCGCCUUUGAGAAACUUACGUGUGAAUACAAAGAAAGUUCAAUGUGUGUGCAGUAAUAUGACACAGAACGGAGGCAAACAAGGGAAGUGUUGGCAGUUUUCCCGAAGGUAGAACUACUGUAAAUAAUGUGCAGUGUGACCUUGUCUUGCCCCAUGCACGGAGCGCCACCGCAACGUGUGUCCCAUGCAGAGAGCAGCCAACACCCAGCACGACUCACGCCUACCAGGACAGCAGUCUGGGAAGAGGAUGUAGCGAGUGUGUGAACGGAAUGCUUCCCUUGCUACUGCUGCUGGCCACUGCCCUCACGCCGUCCGGAGGGCUGGCGGGGGCGGGGACGACUCUGCAAGAGCAGCAACAACAACAACAACAACAUCAACAGCUUCAACAACUGGAUGUAAGUGAGGCCGGAAGGGCAUCAGCUACCCCUUUGUGGCAACACAGUUCUGUUUUCGAUGGCAGCUCUCGUUUGUACAGCCACAAGCACGUCCGCCACAAGAAGGGAGAGGGACACGCCGCUACCCCGUACUUCCACGAGCCCCACCAAAACGCCUCCACAGUGACGGCCCAGCUCGGCGCCACGGCUUACCUCACCUGCCGGGUUAGCAGACUCGACGACAAGACGGUUUCGUGGGUGAGGAGAGAAAAUGGGAGAGACGAGAUUAAACUGCUCACCUGGGGACUUCACACCUACAGCAAUGAUGACAGGUACAGCUUGUGCCUGGAGCAGCCCAACAACUGGCAGCUGCAGAUCAAGUACACACAGCGGCGAGACGCGGGGACCUACGAGUGCCAGAUAUCCACGCACCCCCCCAUAGUGCUGCUCGUGCACCUCAACAUUGUCUCUCCGGUGGUUGACAUUCUGGACGAGCGUGGCGUAUCAAUCAAAGAGCAGUUUUACAAGUCUGGCAGCACCAUAGAAUUGGAAUGCACGAUUAGCCAAAUGCCUCAAGCCCAAACCUUUAUCCUCUGGCGACACGGAGACCACAUGCUGAACUACGACACGUCCAGGGGCGGCAUAAGCGUGAAGACGGACAUGAGCAGCUCAGUCAUCGUGUCAACGCUCUCCGUCGCCAACGCCACUUCCCGGGACACUGGAAACUACACGUGUUCCCUCGGGGACGUGGCCACGGGCAGGGUGUUCGUGCAUGUCCUCAAUGGCGAGCAGCCUCAGGCCAUGCAUGGGUCCAGCAGGGCGGACCUGUGCUGCUUCACCGUGCUUCUGCUGUCACUCCUGCCGCCGCUGCUGACGCUGCUCAGAUGAUCCCCGGGUCCCUCCCUUCAAGCACCAGUAGAGGCUGCCUAAGGGGACUGUGCUGACUGCGUUGUUUUGUUUCCUUAAACUGUUUACUAUCGAUUAACAGACUCAGUAUUAACGGAUACCAGAACCCUCGGAUAUUCCGCAUUAACUGACCACCUUUUCCCCUAUUAGUCCGUCAAGUCGUAAGUUAACAGUAUUUUUAUUAAAUAUUGAUUCAUAACUUGUGGGGAUGAAGAUCAGCGAAGGACUCGAUACACUGUAUAAA